UUGAUUCCCAUCACACACUCUCUCUCUCUCUUAGCUGCGAGUAAAAGUUCUCUCUUUCUCCACGUAACUCCCAUCACAAACUCUCUCUUUCUCUCUCUCUUACCUGCGAGUAAAAGUUCUCUCUCUCCACAGAAGAAGAAGAUGGGUUUCUCCAGCAGCAGCUUCGUUGCUAUUCUGAUGAUGCUGGGAUUACUGGCAGGAUCCGCACUCGCACAGGCGCCCGGAUCCUCGCCAUCAGCAGCCCCGACCGUCUCUCCUCCAAAACCGUCCCCUGCUCCCGCGUCUCCACCACCUGCCAUUACUCCGCAAUCUCCGGCCCCUUCCGUCACGCCUCCUGUAUCCGCUCCUUCUCCGUUCACCAAAUCACCGGCGUCUUCUCCGUCUCCGUCGACUACCGUUUCCCCUCCGGCUCCACCUCCGUCAUCUCCCUCCCCUUCUUCAUCUUCACCCACCGGCUCUCCUACUCCGUCCAUCUCCUCGCCGUUACCCGGAUCUCCGGCGGCGCCUCCGGCCGUUAACAGCGCCGCUCUCCCCGCCUUGAACAGAGUCGCGAUCGCCGGAUCUGCUAUCUCCGGCGUCUUCGCCGCCGUGUUCUUGUUCUUUAAAUCAUCUGGCGCAACUGAUGGAUGGAGUGGAUGUCGCUCGGAAAUCCAGAAGGAGAAGAAGAUGGAUUUUUCCAGCAACAGCUUCGCGACUCUGAUGCUGCUGGCAUUGCUGGCAGUAUCUGCUUUUGCACAGGCGCCGGGAUCCGCGCCAACGGCUGCGCCGACAGUCUCGCCCCCAAAAUCCACUCCCGCUCCGUCGUCGCCGUCUCCGGCCGUUACUCCUCCGUCGCCUUCUCCGUCCGUUACCCCUCCGUCGUCGUCUCCGGCCGUUACUCCUCCGUCGCCUUCUCCGUCCGUUACCCCUCCGUCGCCGUCUCCGUCCGUUACCCCUCCGUCUUCCGCUCCUUCUCCGAUUUCAACUCCCCCAGCCUCGUCCCCUUCUCCGACGACCAACUCUUCUCCUCCGGCUCCACCUCAGUCGUCUCCCUCUCCGUCAUCUCCUCCUCCCACAUCUUCCACCCCGUCGCCGAAGGGACCGGGGUCUCCUACUGGAUCUCCGACGGAAUCUCCCCCCAACAGCGGUGCCACCUUGAACAGAGUCGCGGUUGCUGGAUCAGCUCUCUCCGGCGCAUUGGCCGUCGUUCUCUUGAUCUAGAUCUUCGACGUACGUUAGGAACUUCUCAGCCGUUGAUUUUUGUUUGGAUGGUGCAGAUUAUUAGAGUAGGAAAUACUAUUUUUCAUUAGUAGCUUGAUUUAGUUUCACUUCAGAUUUUCUAUUUUAUGACAGGAUUUGGAUGUUUAUUAUA